ACAAAACGUGUCUCACCACCAGGCUGAUCUUUAGGGCGAGAGUAUAUGAGACUAAAUAGUUUCCUCGAGUAGUUUCCUUUUGACAAAUGCGUAUGCGAGUUCAGUUUCAACACUCAUCCGAACAGCUCAGGUGUGUAACAUCUACAGCGCUUGAGAAUUGCCUUGCAACAUGAAACUUCCUGUAAUUCUGCUGCUGUGUGGCUGCUGUGUGCUUUUUAAACCGAACUGUGAAGCCCAAGUUUCAUUGCCGUCAGUAGAAACAUCAUCAGCACCUUCAGUCAGUAACUGCACAUGUGAACUUGGCCAUGGAAAAUGUGCUGAAAACGGUGACUGCAGGUGUGACCCGGGUUGGGGCGGGCCGCGCUGCGAUGACUGUGUGCCAAUGCCCGGGUGUGUUCACGGCACCUGUCAUCAGCCCUGGCAGUGCACCUGUAUGGACGGCUGGACGGGCCGAUUCUGCGACAAAGAUAUUUACGUGUGUUCCAGAGAGAAGCCGUGUAAGAACGGAGCCACGUGUGUUUUGAAUGACUCUGGGGAAUAUAACUGCUUAUGUCCUGAAGGUUUUCACGGACGGGAUUGUGAACUGAAAACAGGGCCUUGCCAAAAGACCAAGUCCCCCUGCAAAAACGGUGGUCUGUGUGAAGAUCUGGGCGGUUACGCUCCACAGCUGUCAUGUCGAUGCCUGGUUGGCUUCACUGGUCCCCGCUGUGAGACUAACAUGGACGACUGCCUAAUGCGCCCCUGUGCCAAUGGCGCCACCUGUUUGGAUGGCGUGAACCGUUUUUCUUGCGUGUGCCCUCCAGGUUUUACCGGCCGAUUCUGCACCGUCAAUCUGGAUGACUGCGCCAGCCAGCCCUGUCUCAACGGGGGGCGGUGCAUAGAUCGAGUCUCAAGCUUCCAGUGCGUCUGCCUACCCGGUUACACCGGAAUGACUUGUGAGGUUCCCCUUGGGGAAUCGAAGGAGUUAUCACCUCCAAUUAAUGGAUUAAGUCGGGUUGUCGCAGGCAGCGUUACACCGGGCAAGUCUCAUUCCCUUGCGACCACCACCACUAGAGAGACACCCUUUUUUAAAAUUUCAGUGAAGGAAGUGGUGACCCAACAAGGGAUCACCGGGCUUUCUGAGUUACAGCUCAUCAUCUUGCUGGUUUUGGGUGGCAUGACUUUGGCCGUGGUGGCACUAACAGCUGGUCUGGUGCUAUGCGGACACUGCCAAGAUCGAACCGCUCGCUGCCAAUGCAGACCACCUCCCAACCACCAUUACCCAUUCCACCGAUGUCGGACGCAGGGGCGGCGCCCGGUGCCCGCUCAACAGGAAUGCAAGAUUAGUUUCCUACAGUCCCCAGUGCCACCUGACCUUCAGAAGAAAAGGCUGAACACAAACAUCAUUUAGAGGGGCUGGAUGAUUAGACAGAGAUUGCAAAGUGCAACCACUCGUGUUGAAGUAAAAAAGCCACUUUUGACUUUAAUGAUCAUAAAUGGCCACUCGAAAACUAUUAACAGUACAAACAGAGAGUUGGUCGCUGGUGAAAGGACACAACAAGUGGUCAUGAUUCACAGUGAUCACACAAAAUAAAGAACCAAAUGUUUUUUUGUAAACAGAGAUGCCACAAGCAAGGCAUACUGUAGACUACUGAGGGAACAUUAAACUAGAUAAAGUCAACAUGAAAAACUUAUUUUAUUCUUUAUACUUAAAAAAAGUUUUGGACUAAUUGGAAAUGAUUUGCUACAUAUUAUAGGGUGACCAUAGGUGCCAGGAUUUUGGGUGCGUCCUCUGCAGGUGGCAUUGGUCGACCGCAUGCAUCAUUGAAGUUUAUUAUUUAUAAUAAAAGCAACCAUUACAUUUCAAGUUAAGAAUGAAACUACAAUGAUUGCAUGCAUUAUCUGAAAUGUAAAAACCUCGAUGAUGUAUGCGCUCGACAAAAACUUCUGGAAGGUACAUCCUGAAAAAAUAGCACGUAUGGUCACCCUAACAUAUAACAUGGUACUGACAUCACCUGGUCCUCUUCUUUUUCAGCCACUCAUAUAUCUAAUUAUCCCCUGAUGGAUUUGUUGGGCAUUUUAACAUGGGAGUCUAUAGGGAUUGACUCCCUUCUGGAGCCAGCCAAUGAAUUGACAAAUGUAAACCUUCCAUUAUGUUCAAUCAGGACUUUAUGUACUGUAUAUAUAUAGUUUAAAGGGAUAGUUCACCCAAAAAUAAAAAAAAUAUUCUGUCAUCAUUUACCUCAUGUUGAUCUAAACCUGUAUGAGUUUCUUUAAGCACAAUAAAGAUAUUUUAAUAACUGAUGGUAAGCACACAAUUGAUGGUACCCAUUGACUUCCAUAGUAGGAAAAACCUAUACUAUUAUUUAUUCAAAUAUCUUCUUUUGUGUUAAACAGAAUAAAGAAACUCAUACAGGUUUACAACAACAUGAGGGUGAGUUAAUGAUGACAGAUUUUAAAUUUUUGGGUGAACUAUCCCUUUAAGCCACAUUGUUAAAGAAGCUAUUAUAAUUUUAGAUAAUCUCAAGAUGGGCUUUUUUUGCCAAAAGCAUUCAUUACAUGUUAGAAUUGAUCACAGUGUUUAAUUUGUAAAAUACUUUUAAUGUGAGUGAGUAUACGCCAAGUUGGUUUUAUUUGCUUUGUUUUAUAAACAUACAUGUUUUUAUGAAAAGGUAUUGUUCCUAUUAUUGUGAUUAUUCUUUUAAACAGUUUUAGCAAUAUCAGUAAUGUCAUGGGAACGUUUUGUGAUAUGUAAUGAUAUAUAAACAACAGUAUUCAUAAGUAUAAAUAUAAUUUAUUUAUGUAAUUUAUUGGUGAAAUGUACAUAUGUUUGUUUUUUAUGUGUAUUUUUUAUACAGAACUAUGUUGUAAAGUUUUUAACUGUGGUGAAAUGUUCAUGUGCGAAAGUAAACUCACAGAGACUCAAAAAACAACUUUAGAAUUAACUUCAACCUUGAUGUUGUUUUUAGGCCUAAGAAAUGGGUCGGAACUAAGAGCACAUGCAAAAAGGAUGCUAAGCUAUCCUGUAACUCAAUUUGAAUAAAAAUGUUUUGAAAAUC